CACACACACACUUACUCAGGCUUGUCAGUGGAGGAUGUUGCCGCUGCUCGGAGCUGAUGUACAUGCUUGGCGUUGUGUCAGCCGGGAUCGAGUGUGUGCGUUGCAUUCUUCACCUUGCUGGAUCUGCAUUAGUGAUGGAGUGAGAGACAGAGCUGGUCUGGAGCUCCUGUGAAUGGUGUCAGUAGGUCUUUAGCACAGAUUCUCCUCAGUGUGUGUGUGUGUGUUUGUGUGUGUGUGCUGGGCUGAUUCAGCUGGAAUGAUCCGACCAUAAGGAUUCAGGAGUGUUUUAUUGACUCUGCCCUGGAGUGGCAGCUGAAGGGUGAGGGGCUGGAGAGCUGGAGCACAGAUGUAAUAUCACAGGACCGCGAGAUGUCAGAUCCUCUGUAGGGGCUUUUCGGACUGCCCCACGAUGGGAAACAGCAUCCAGAAGAAGAAGAAAGUCCAGACAGAGUCAGAUCCAUCUUCACCCGCCUCCUCCAGCCCGAUUUCGAGCCCCAGCCGGGAAAGAUCUAAGAGCAUCUGGCUGUUCGGCCGUCCAGACAGGCUGAAAACAGCUGGCCCAAAGGGGAAUGAAGACCACAAGAGGCUAACGGUCCACUACACGACCUCGCAGCACUACCAGGAGAAUGUUUUCAUUGAGGGCAGCAGGCCACAGUACCUGGAGAACCUGCACAUCGAGGCUCAGGAGGGACUCAAGAUACAGCAACAAGAAGAAAACAAGAACGGAGUGAACUUCCCCGAUGAUGAAAGCAUUGCUUCCACAGACACCCUCCGCCCGGAGCAGGGUAUCAGCUCCAAGGACGGAGGAGGCUCUCCGGACUCAGGAUCCACCACCGGAAACACUGACAACACAGUGACCUCCACCGUGUCGACGAGGCCUGUGCUCACCCGCCAAGGUUCUACAUUCAAGCCUCUAAAUCCAGUGAAAAGGUUAGACAAGAGCAAGAAGAGGAGCAGAAGGACCACCAUUAUGGGUAUUCCCAACCAAGUCCAAAAAGAGCUUGCUCUGCACCGAAACUCCACCUUUCAGCCACUCGUCUCAACACAGCUCUCCAGUAAAGACAGACAAAUAUGUGACGGUCAGCCAGGGGUUGUUAUCAUUCCCACUGUCGAUGGAGGGACUCCAGCGGCAAAAAAAGAGGGAGCAAGAGUGCAUCUUUCAGAGCUCGAGCAGACAUUCAGUGAUGAUCAGCUGGUGAGGAAGCAUCUUCAAAUGAUGUAUCAAGAUGAGCAGUCCCUGAACCACCAGGGGUUUGGUACCUAUCUCUGCCCUACCUCCAACCUGAGACCCAAGUCCCUUGCAGUCCCAGGCAUGACAACUUCCUCCUCAUUUACUCCUUCGAUGUUCAGCUUCCUUCAGGAGGCUCAGGGCCCAGUGAUGUCCAUUUCCCCUCAAGCCACCUACUUGUCUACCAUCAUCCCAAAUGCGAUUUUGCCAGCCUCAGUUGAAGUCAUUGAAAUUGACCGCAGCAGCAGUCGAACUCACAGUAGCAGCAUCAAUCAUGGCGGCAGUGUUCGCACCGUAAGCAAAAGCAGUCUGACAUCUGGGGACUCAUCAGUCAGUCCUUUGUUGUCCAGAAGAUCAGAUGAUGACGGUUCCCAAAAUGAGUCCUCGCAAAUUCCAGCAUCAGUUUCGGGUUCAAACUGGAGCGAAUCUUCAAGGACAGUAAAGUCAAAUUCCUCUCCUGUGUCAUCGAAGGCCAGUACACGCAGUGGUAACUCACAACGAGCGGGUCUUAGUAUGCAUGAAGGCAAGACAGAGCAGACUCAUGGGGACCAGGACCUUGUCAGUCUCGGUAGCUCAGUGAGUGUAAUUAGCAGUCCUAAUGGGAAAAGUGAAAAUACUGUCACAGAACUGGGUGUAUCAGACUCAGUAGCCGAUAGGGAGCAUCCAAAGCGCAGCUGCAAUCGCAGCCUUUCCAUUAUGAAGACCAAACAGCCUCCGGCACCACCGAGAAGGACAAACUCUCUGCAUGGGAACAAGAUUAGAGGACACCCCACAGUUCAAGUGUAUAACGCAGAUCUCAAUGACCACCAAACUGUGGAAGUGAUAACUGGCACAGAAAAUGUACCUGAAGAAAUUAAAAAGUUAUCCAACACCGAUCAGGAAAUAAUUCCAAAUAUAACAACCUCCUCAGGUUCUCCAGAUUUUUCCUCCACGCCUUUAAAUCUCACACAGGAUACUUCCACUGAAGCUGGAAAAGCAACAGAGCAAUCGUCAGAAUAUGGAAAUUCCUCCCCUCGGAAAACUCUCUCAGAGGGGGGGAAAUUUGAACGGACAAUGUCACCUUCCAGUGGAUACUCUAGUCAGAGUGGCACUCCAACUCAUUCCCCAAAAGAGAUCUCCCCAACUUCCCCAGAAAAGCAGAAGAAAACACCAGUCAAACCAGAGAGAUCAGUGUCUCGAGCCUCAUCUUCAGCAGCUUCUCCUUCGUCCUCCCUGACGUCUUUAUCAUCUGGCACAUCUGAGCUUGCCAAUACAGACAUUUCACUGUGUAGCUCCAGUCUGCCUCCACAUACAUCCUUACCUAAUGCUGCAACAAAAGAGCCGUCUUUGGAAAACGAUCCUUCAUCUUUCACAAAGGAAAUCAAAGAAUUGUUGAAUAUUCCACCUCCUCCCAAAGUCAAAGCGCCAUGUCCUCCUCCACCAGAGACAUGGGCUCACAACAGACACACCUUUGAGCUCCUUUGUGGUUCGCACACUAGUAUAAACAAAGUUGUCCAGAAACCAGCACAGCAACAUGAUGACACAAAUGAACAGAUUGGGAACGAGGAAGAACCCAGAAAAGAAACGCAAGUUUCAGGCGAAAGCCAGACAGAAGCAGAAAAAUCUCUAUUAGAAGAAAGACAAACAAAGCAUCCUGACAUUGUACAUAGUGAGCGGGAGGGCGAGGAAAGUACCAGACAAGAGAAUCCUUUAACUGAGAACAAAGAUGAAGCAGAUGUAGUUGUUCUGAGUCAAGAAAAGGCUUGUAGUUCUGUUGUGAAUGAAUUAGAGAUUCAAGUGACAACUCCAAAGAAAGAGCCACCUCCUGUCAUGAAGAAGCCCAAUAUGGCACUGCACAGAGAGGAAACCCGGGUGACAGAACAGUCGUCAAAGACUCAGCAGAAGAACACAAAUGGAAGUGCCACGCCAGAAAUUGAGUUAACUGUGGAGGACCAUACAUCUUCACAGAACAAUCUCACAGUUAUGACUGACAAAAGUGAGGAUGAGACAGAGAAAAGUGAAGCCCCAUCAGUGCAAACACUUGCAAUAGAAGCCCCUAAGCUUACAAAAGCCUCACCACCACCAACACCUCCUCCUGCCUAUCAUCCUACACCUCCUCCAUCAAGGAAGACACCAUCAUCAGUUUCUGUGCCACUGAAUGAACUGCAGAGGGUACAGGAGGAGAUGCAUGCUGUGGAGUCUUGCUGGCCACCUCCACCCCCUCCUUUGGAAGGGGACCCUGCAUUUGAUGGAGCCGAUGAAGUGGACUUUCCACCACCUCCUCCACCUUUUCUAGCAGACAUUGGGCCAGAGGUGAUGGACAAUAGCAUGACACAGGUGGAUACCCUUAACGGUAGUACCUUGGAACAUUCAGACGUGCACGCAACUAGUUUAGAAGCGGCUUCCCCUGACGAUGAGCCACUCGUUGAGCAGCUUUCAGACACUAAUGCCGGAGAAGAAGACGUUUCCUCUGCAAUAGAGCAGAAUGUUUCACUUGCUGCAGAGAGUGUCUCACCUGCAUUAUUGGAAUCUCCUCCGAUACCAACUCUUACAAGAGCAGAGAGCCCUGUAUCAAUCAUAGCUGCAGGUCCUCCAACCAAUUUUUUGACUCAAAGUUCUCUGAAAAUUGAGGACCAGUGUCCCCCUUCCAUUCCCAACAAUGUUCAACCUCCAGCACCAACAACCGUGCCACUUGCCCCCGCUCUACCAGCAGAGACUUUGACCCAUGGGGUGAAUUUCAGAAGGCAACCCAGUGUACCACAUAGAGACACGAGAAACAAAGAGCUCCUUUCACGGCACAAAAGCGCGCUCAUUCCUAAGGAGGAUGCUAAUAUACCUCUUGUCACGCCGUCCCUGCUCCAGAUGGUUCGUCUCAGAUCAGUCAACAUGACCGAUGAUCAGGUAAAAGCUCCCACUCAGGACACCAAACCCACAGACGAGAGCCCGCCAGUUGAGGAGAGCUGUGUCGCCUCAGUACAAGGAUCUCAGAGCAUUCCUCAAAAGCCCAUUCGCAAGUCUCUGUCACUAAAAUCUCCUCCUCAGCAUGUGAAAACCUCCUCUGUGAUAAUGAGCACACCAUCGAUGCGCCUGCAGGAAGCCAUACGCUUGAAAACAGCUGCCAUGUCUUCGAGAGACAGCCUUUCCUCGAGGCUGGGGGUGAGAUCACCAAUGUAUAGCUGCAUUGCAGACCCAGGAGCUUUGUCUCUGAAAUCACCCGAGGCGUGCGACAUGCACAAAUCUCCAGCCUCUGCUGCAAGCUUCAUCUUCUCCAGAAGCACAAAGAAAGUUGUUGUGGAGUCGGCGGCUGCCUCCACCCCUGAAGCCCAAGCAGCUUUGAAGCAGAACUUGGUGUCGGAGCUCCUGCUGGUGUCUGACCAAUCGAAGGCUGCCACUUUCUCAAACGGUGGAGUGAAGUGUGAUAAAGUCCCUCCACCAGUUGCAAAGAAGCCGGCCCCUGGAAGCGUCAGUCCCUCACACAAUCAUUCCCCAAGUUCAAGGGUGGAGCUCAGCAUCAAAGGGAAUGGCGCCAACGGAGGAGUGCAACGCAAGAGUGGAAUAACACUUCCCGAAACAACUACGCGAGUGACAGCGGACACAAUUGAGACACUGUUCUGAACAAGCCGAGAUCCAGACGCCCUCCUGAGGAACAAGCAAAGACUGACUGAAUCGCAUUACUGAGAGACAUUCAGCUCAACUAUCCGAGUGUUGCUUUCUGUUAAGUCUCAUCCAAAAGCCUUAGCCUGUAAUGGCCUUCCUUCAUAUUUAUGCAAAAAAAACAAAAGGGUGACUCCCAGUUUCUUAAAAUAGCUUUAUGGUGGAGUAUUUUUCUAAGGAAUAGUUUAUCUCCUAUUAAGGCCCCUCAGGGUGAUUGGUCAACUGAGAAUCUUUGGCUUGUCCCAGAGCAGCUUAGAGCAAAGACUUCACAAGCAUUUCUGUACAGAAGUUUUCUGUCUGAUUUUUUGUUUUUUUGUUUCGUUGUAAUAUACUAAUGGAGAAUUCUCACAUGGGAAUUUUCACAGAUGACAAAUUUAUAGAAUGGAAGAUUAGCAAGACAGGAUGGAUAUGAACUACUCGCUUAGACAUCUGAAUGAUGAAAACAUCGCAACACUUAGUUUCAGCUGUGCUUUUUGCCGUGUGAAGCAGAAUUUGAGAAAAACUGAUGCAGAUAGCGGCACUGUCAUACAGCGUUUGAGGGAAAAA